AUGUCUUCGAUACAUGCGGAUCCGCCGCCGCCAAUAGUCACCGAGCCCAGCGGUAUCAACUAUGCGACCGGCGCGGCAUUGGGCAAAGGCGGCUUCGCCAUAUGCCACCGAGCGGAACGAUACGAUGGCAGCAAACCGUCGGGUCACAUUGUUGCGCUCAAGAUCGUCAAGACGAAGAUGGAGCCGGCGAAAUUGGCGCAGAAGUUUGUCAGCGAGCUCCAAAUCCACUCGAAACUCUCGCAUUCCAACAUCGUCACCUUCUACCGCGCCUUCUCCUUUCAGACAAGCACCUACGUCGUGCUCGAGCUGUGUCCCAAUGGGUCUCUGGCGGAUAUGCUUAAGAAGAGGAGAUACCUGACCCUUCCGGAGAUUCGUCGAUACGUGAUCCAGAUCUGCGGCGCCGUCAAGUAUCUUCACCAUCGACACAUUGUACAUCGAGAUUUGAAGACAGGCAACUUGUUUCUGGACAGCAACAUGAAUGUCAAAGUGGGCGACUUUGGACUCGCUGCGCUGCUGGUGACGGAGAAGGAGAUGGAGGCGAAGAGGCGCACGACUAUGUGUGGUACGCCGAACUACCUCGCUCCCGAAAUCUUGGAGAAGGGCAAGGGGCACAACGAGAAGGUGGAUCUGUGGGCGAUAGGAGUCAUUGCAUACACGCUGGCUGUCGGCAAAGCGCCGUUCCACUCGAGCACGAAGGAGGAAAUCUACAAGAAGCUGAAGUCGGGAGCAUUCACCUGGCCGGAGCUGAGCGCUACAACUAAUCAGAGCUCGGAUCUACGAAACCUCGUGUCGAGCUUGCUGGUGCCGGAAGAGCAAAGACCCGUUCCAGACCAAAUCGUCAGCCAGCCGUUCUUCAAGAUCGCUUUCGUCCCAUCGAGUAUACCGCCAGCCGCAAAAGAAAAGGUUCCGAAAUGGCCAGAGGUUGCGAUCCCGACUGCCGAAGCUAUGAGGAGAGGGUACAGCGAUACUUGGUACGCGAUAUGCAAGGAAUCCGGCGUGGGCGAGUUUCAAGAGGGCAAGACUUUCAAGUUGAAUGGUGGGAGGCGGGUGAGGAGCAUCGUGUACGAUAUGGCUCAGGAAGCGCUUGCUGGCCGGCAACCCACCAUGCCCAUUCCGAAAGACGUGGUGUACACGUCUACCGUUUCGGAGUGGAAUACGUCUGCGGUAUCAAUGUCUUCGGAUCGCCCGGAAGGAGAAGUCAAGCCGCUCAGUCGGCCCCCAAGUCGCCAACUACAGGAUGUACCGCAAAAUGCAGUCGCAGAUACCGCGCCUGCCAGCGUGCAAGAACAAGCGGCCAAAGAUGCUGAGCUAAUGCCUCCUCCACCUCCGCCUCCAGCUGCUCGCAAGGUCACCGCGAUCCGCAAGCCCGCUCGAACAGUAAGCGGUGAAGAAGCGGCGCCCCCAGCUCGACAACUGCAGGAGAUCUCGCACAAUACUGUGGCGAGUACGAGGCCGGUCGUUGCUGAUGAGCAGGUGGCGAGAGAUGCUGAGACUAUGCCUCCACCUCCGCAGCCGGCUGUACGCAAAGUCACUGCGGUCCGUCGCGCCGCUCGAACAAUCAGCGAGGAGGCAGUAAAAGCUUCACUUCCUUUGAGAGUCACCGCAGACGAGCCCACUCCCGCCUCAACCGUGCCAAGAGUCCGACAAAGGGCAGCUACAGCUUCAUCUGUGAGGUUGAGAGAGCCUAACAAUUCCUCUUCGUCGAAUCAACAAAUGGCGCCUACUCAGCAACCGACUGCCAUCAUUCAGGAAAAGUCGGAAAGACCAGCACCAGUGAAAAGAAGCGCAGACGCCAGUUUGGCUCGAAGGCCGAGAUCGAUGAAAGCAAGAGAACGGCCACGAUCGCCUGAGAAGCCUGGGCCAUUCGCAACGCUUGACGAGCUCCGAGAUGCUUUGCCGCUGAAGCAAACGACAAGAAGGAAAGUCGAGCCCGAAGUGAUUGAGAUCCAUUCAGAUCCGGAGCCAGAGGAAAAGCCGGCAGGCGCGAUAUUAUCUCUCCCACCACCGCCUCAAAUGACCAAACCGCUCCCCGUCCCUCGAAAGGCCAGCGAAGACAGAAAUCGCAUCGCCGGCACUGACCCAAAAGCCGUCCUCGACCGGCUCAGCCAAUUCAGAGACAACCUCGAAGCCGCAUUGUCCAAUACAUACCGCUCCCGCACUUCACCCGAAGACGCGCAAAAACUCCCCUUCAUCACGCGCUGGGUCGACUACAGCCGCAAACACGGCAUGGGCUACGUCCUGGCCGAUGGCACCGUAGGUUGCGUGCUCAACUCCCGAGGCAACCGCAAAGCACCGCUCACGCACAUCUUCGUGCGCAAAGGCACCACCUGGCUCCCCCGCGUCGGGCAGAAUUUCGAACACCUUGACACCGUUCCGCUGGAGGUGCUCGAGGACUGCGGCGAUGCUGGCAUCAAGAGGAAAGUGUACAAGGGGCUGGGAAGCGUGAAGGAGGGCCCGUUGAAGCUGGAAGCGGAUAGGAGGAGAAUAUUGGGCGUGCUGUGGGCGAAAUUUGGACGGUAUAUGUGCCAGGAAAUGGAUGGGGAGGAGAAUACGCAGACGCAGAUGAGUGGCGGGCAUUUCAUUCGCUUUUACCAGCGGAUUGGGAAUGUAGGCAUUUGGGGGUUUGCGGAUGGUGCUUUGCAGCUCCAUUUCCCCGACCACACUAAACUCGUCGUCUCCGCUACUGGCACCCAUAUCUCCGCCACCUGCAUCUCGCCCGAAGCCGCCGCGUACCUCGCCUCCCACGCCGAUCUACUCCCGCACCACGUCAGCAGCCGCGAAGUCUUCGCCGACAGCAUCGUCUCCUUGCUCCACGAGGGCGGUCGUGUGCGCGCUAGAAUCGUAAAGGCGAACGCGCUUGCGGAGAAGCUGACGUUUGUGCUGGACUUUGUGAAGCAGUGGAUUGCGAAUGGGGGGUUGGGACGAUUGGAUGGGGAUGUGGAUUGUGCGCGGAGUGCGAGUGAGAAGUUUUCUUGGAGGGGGUUGGAGGCUGGGAUUCCGAAUAAGAAGGCUGUUGAUCGGAUUACUGUUGGGAGGCAUGGGGGAGAUGCGGUGGUGAGGGAGGAGUAG